AUGGCUGAAGGCACUGUACCUCCACACACAUCACUCGAAAAUUUCUACCUCAGUCUCAAGACUCAUUCAGACCCUCAGACAGCGCUCAUUAAAAUCUCAGCAAAAAUGGCUCCCAAACUCUCAGAAGAGGAGAUCGAUGAUCUGAUUUACCUGUCACGAGCCGGCGAGCUCGCCGAGCUUCAAGAAACGCUCAAGACCCUGUCGGAGCGCGAGAACGCCUCCGUCGGCGAGGUCAUCACCGCCGCCAAGGAUGAGGGCAAGUCGACCUGCCUGCACAUGGCCGCGGGCAACGGCCACAUCGAUAUUGUCAAGGCCCUGAUCGCGGCCCUGGACGCGCGCCCCGCUGACGAGAAGAAGGCCUACGUUGACGCGGCCAACGAGUUCGGCAACACGGGCCUGCACUGGGCGUGCCUGGGCGGUCACCUCGAGGUCGUCAAGGUGCUCAUGGCGCACGGUGCGUCGCCGGCUGCGGCCAACGACAAGGACCAGAUCCCGCUCGACUCGGCCCUCUUCAACGGCAAGCGGGAGGUGGCGGACUGGUUCCUCGCGCAGUCGGAGACGAUGGAGGGCGGCAACCGGGAGGACGGCCUCAGCGGCGCCGCGGCGGGUGUCGAGAUCGAGGACGACGGCGAGGAGGCGGGUGAGAAGACGAAGGAGGAGGCCGGCGAGGGUAGCAAGGCUUCAUAG